CCUUGCCUAGCUUUUUUCCCAACACAUCCGGAGUGUUCACUGAUGCCUUGUUAACUGAGGGUCUAUUGCCACAAUUAUGCUAUGCCAAUCUCGAAGAAUAUUUGGGACCAGUUUUUCCCGUCGCUUUCCCGUUUUCACCCAUGCAAAUACACAUUUCUUCCGCUGUGUAUCAACGGGUCCACCGGUCACAAAAAUCGAAAAGAUAGUCCUCGACCACAUUAAAGCGGUUGGGCCGAUGCCUUUUGGAAGUUAUAUGAAUUUGUGUCUGUCCCAUCCAACGGAAGGAUACUACAUGAAUCCCGCCAAUGCUGUGUUCGGGAAACGAGGAGACUUUAUUACUAGUCCUGAAAUCAGUCAGGUUUUCGGAGAGCUCGUGGCCAUCUGGCUCUUGUCGCAGUGGCAGAAUGCAGGUGCCCCACCUUCAAUACGCCUGGUUGAGCUUGGACCGGGAAGGGGAACCCUGAUGGCUGAUAUUCUCCGGGUGGUCCAGCAGUUUGCAAAAAACGCGUUGAAACGGGUUCAUCUUGUCGAGACAAGUCCUUCCAUGCGGGCACUUCAAAACGACAAUCUUCUCCCGUUCUCGCAAAAUGGUGGCUGGGACCUAGCUUGGAACGAAUCGGUAGACGAAAUCAAACCUUCAUCCGGUGACUAUACUAUGCUCGUAGCUCACGAGUUUUUUGAUGCAUUGCCAGUCAGUAUGCUUGAACGAGGAAAGCAAGGGUGGCAUGAAAUAAUGGUCGAUUCUAUACAUCCAAAGCCUGACUCUACAGAAGAGCCCGCUUAUCCACGAUUGCGUCGCGUCCUAUCCCCAAGCCCCACGGCUGCUUCCACUCUUCUCGGAAGAUCAUCGCUACGCUUCGACCAAUUGCCCGAAGGUUCUCGCUUAGAGGUCUCAGCAGCGUCAUUUAGAAUUGCCAGGGAAGUAGGGGAGCUUCUCUCUUCUGGCGGUUGCGCUUUGGUAGUUGAUUAUGGCGGCGAUUCACCGUUUGGGGAUUCCUUCCGCGCGUUCAAAGGUCACCAAAUAGUAGAUGUAUUUGACCGGCCAGGCGAAUGUGAUCUAACCGCCAACGUGGAUUUUGGUUACAUCAAGGAAGCGAUAGGCGAUCUUGUUCCCACCUACGGCCCCCUGCCUCAGUCGCAAUUUCUGAUAUCGAUGGGGUUAGAAGCGCGCGUCAAUAUGUUGAUCCGCUCUGCCAAGACAGAAGAGCGAGCGGAGGAUAUCAAGAAAGCUGCACAGCGUCUUGUAGAUGAGGCGGGAAUGGGAAAGGAAUACAAGGUGCUGGGUAUCAGUAGUUCGCGUAGUGAGCAUGAUGUAUGGCCGUUUGUUCAAUAGAUGUGGUCAUGUCGAAUUGCGCCUCGUAGGGGAUAAGGAGCGCGAACUACGUCGGCGCUGUCGCUGGCUGCCUUCGUUUACAUCACAGUCGCGGUGGCGCUUUCGCCUAGGUUGUCUGUCUUCUGCUACGUCGUCGCUUCGCCGUUGCGACUUGUCCUCUGAAUUCUCUAUUUUCUCUGUUCUCUCCUUCCUCCGUUUCCACAUCAUCUUGUCCAAACACUUCUUACACAGAACGGCCUUUACCAAUGCAGAUUUUGUCUCUCCGUGCUCCGAGUACGUGAAUGGGAGCUCUAAUGUCGUCAGGGAAGGCUUGUGGCCGCUACCAGGGCUAUGGUGCACACAUCGUGUGUUGCCACAUGUUGUCUCCCCUGCACCAGAUAGCACCUCUUCUUCAGUUCUCCAUCGCAAGGCAAACUGUUUAUCGUAAUUCUCAACUUCUGCAGAUACUUCACAG